AUGUCAGCCAAUCCGUUUGGAUCGACGUUUUUCACGCGGGCGGCUCGUAUUUUUUAUCCAGGGCCACGGGCGGGCAAGGGGGCGGGUGCGUUUGGAUGCCGAGCCAAGGAGCUGAACAAGGAUCUCAAGCUGACCAUCCUGGCCUUCCCUUGCAACCAAUUCGGUGCUCAGGAGCCAGGUAGUGCCUCAGAGAUCAAGAGCUUUGUUUUGGAGCAGGGUGCGCCUGUCGAGGAUUCCCGCUCAGGAUUUAUUUUGAUGGAGAAGGUGGACGUGAAUGGCCCUGGCACUCAUCCGGUCUACCAGUUCUUGAAGUCCUCUACCGGGGUGCCCGACAUCAAAUGGAACUUCAGUGCCUACUUUUUGGUGAACUCCGCAGGCACAGUGCAGCACUUGCCUGGUGGCCGAAAUAGUCCACUGUCCAUGAAAGAGGCCAUUGAGGCCGAAGGCUUGGUUCGCCCAAUGGUUUUCCACAUCUCUUGCGCCUUGGCCCAUGCGCAUGAGAUGGGGGUGGUGCACCGGGAUUUGAAGCCGGAAAACAUCCUUUUGCGCCAAGGAGACCGAUUUCCCAAGGUGGCUGACUUCGGUUUAUCCCGAUCUUUGAGGGCAUCGGAGGUUGCCAUGACGGUGGCCGGCACUCCAACGUACAUGGCGCCUGAAAUCCAGGAUCCACGUCUUCCAUAUGACUUUCCUGCAGAUGUCUACUCAUUGGGGUGUAUCCUCACUGACAUGAUGGACAAGGAGUUCUGUUGCAGCUGGUAUGCUAAGGCGAUGCCGGGGAACCACGAGAAGAUGCGAAAGCGUUGGCCCGACGGAUCCACGCCGCAUCGCUUCAGCCGAGAACUGAAAGAAUUGCAAGGCCGAAUGCUUGGUCAAGCACCGGGGCUCCGGGCGAGCUGUUUCCAGAUCUGUUGGGGACACUCAGAUGUUAGUGAUCGUCUUUGA